UUGUUCUGAUUCAACUCACCUCAAACACAAUAUUUGCACAUAAAAACAAGUACUUUAAUUAGCUGAAAAGGAACUCAUAAGCCAUAUCACAAAUCUUUCAAAAAUGGUGGCUACAAAGCAUUCUUUCAUCCUUUGCAUGCUACUUGCGUUGUUCUUGUCAAGCCCCAGAAUGAUCCUAGGAGCUCGCCACCUCAUGCAGACACAACCAUCAGCACCACAACUUCCUUCCCUCCCACCACUCCCUAAAGCCACACUGCCACCUUUGCCAUCUCUACCAAGUUUCCCUAAACCUACAACACUGCCACCAUUGCCAAACAUGCCACAACCAACUCAGCCAAAACUCUCAUUGCCACCAUUGCCAAGCACCCAAAUUCCACCACAGUUGCCAAACACAUUGCCACCAUUGGCAACAGCUGCACCUAAAUUGACACUACCCCCUAUGCCAACCAUCCCAACAGCUUUAUCCCCACCACCCUCAAACUAAGAAUGCAGCUUAUUGGCUGGUUCUCCCGAGCGUUUGGAUAUUUUGGCAUGGUGCUAUUUAUAUACAGCUUUUAUUAUUGGAGUGUCAUGUUUGUUUCUGGAUCACAAUCCUUAUUUGGCUUUAUCACAUAGUGUCCUUUUGAGUCCCUGAUAAUUCUGUUUGUACUUUGUAGUUAUUAUUCUGUGUUGUUUGAUAUUUUGAAUAUUUCUUUCUCUCUGUAUUUUGUUUCAUCACUAAUAUUUAUUUAUAAUAUUAUAUGAUUUCUUGUAUUAAA